UUCGCGUUUAGUUACAAUAUUACGGUCGUUGUAAUAAGUUUGUGUGGUUAGUAAGCUCGUAACGAGUGCAAAAAAAAAGUGAAAAUGUUCAGCUGGUUGACAAGAGACAAUAACAAACAAGAGAUCUACAACAGUGUAGUCGAAGGCCUUAAGGACAAAUACAGACAUAAACUUCUCCCAUUAGAAGAACAUUAUCAGUUCCAUGAUUUCCACAGCCCAAAGCUGGAAGAUUCCGACUUCGAUGCUAAGCCUAUGAUUUUACUCGUUGGUCAAUACUCUACAGGUAAAACAACUUUUAUAAAAUACCUAUUAGAAAGAGAAUUUCCUGGAAUUCGUAUUGGUCCAGAGCCCACAACUGAUAGAUUUAUAGCGGUUAUGUAUGAUGAAAAAGAGGGAAUUAUACCAGGAAAUGCUUUGGUAGUAGAUCCGAAAAGACAAUUCAGACCUCUUUCGAAAUUUGGAAAUGCUUUCUUGAACCGUCUUCAAUGUUCUUUAGUAAAUUCACCUGUUUUGCAAAAUAUUUCAAUAGUUGAUACUCCAGGAAUUCUAUCUGGAGAGAAACAGAGAGUAGAUAGGGGGUAUGAUUUCACUGGCGUGCUUGAAUGGUUUGCUGAGAGAGUGGAUAGGAUAAUAUUGCUCUUUGAUGCUCAUAAACUGGAUAUUUCUGAUGAAUUUAGACGCUCAAUAGAAGCUUUAAGAGGGCAUGAUGACAAAAUUCGAAUUGUAUUAAAUAAGGCUGAUAUGGUAGACCAUCAACAGUUGAUGCGUGUUUAUGGCGCCCUUAUGUGGUCUUUGGGUAAAGUUCUUCAAACUCCUGAAGUAGCUAGAGUAUACAUUGGUUCAUUUUGGGACCAACCCUUGAGGUACGAUGUUAACAGGAGACUUUUUGAAGAUGAAGAGCAAGAUCUCUUCAGAGACUUACAGUCUUUACCUAGAAACGCUGCGUUAAGAAAGUUGAAUGAUUUAAUAAAAAGGGCAAGACUUGCCAAAGUUCAUGCGUAUAUUAUCUCUGAACUUCGCAAAGAAAUGCCUUCAGUUUUUGGCAAAGAUUCUAAGAAAAAGGACUUAAUAAAAAAUUUAGGAAAUAUAUACGAAAAACUACAAAGGGAGCAUCAGAUUUCACCUGGUGAUUUCCCCGAUAUCAAAAAAUUACAGGAAGGCCUAGCAAGUUGUGAUUUUAGCAAAUUUAAUCCCCUAAAACCCAAGUUGUUGGAUAUUGUUGAUCGCAUGUUGGCAGAAGAUAUUUCUAAGCUAAUGGCAAUGAUUCCACUGGAAGAAGUAACAGCGAAUCAUACAGAUGGUCACAUACAGGGUGGUGCAUUUAAUAAUGUUGAAGACACGGCAUCUCCAUUUGGCUAUAAGCGCGGAGAAGGGAUAGAUGCUGGUGCUGGAGAACAUGACUGGAUAGUUAAUAGAGACAAACCACGCUAUGAUGAAAUUUUCAAUCAGUUAAAUCCUGUUGACGGCAAAGUUACAGGGAUGGCGGCCAAAUCGGAAAUGGUCAAGUCCAAACUGCCAAAUUCAGUUUUGAGCAAAGUAUGGAAAUUGGCAGAUGUGGAUCAAGAUGGGAUGUUGGAUCAAGAAGAAUUUGCUUUGGCAAUGCAUUUGAUCAAUAUCAAGAUAGACGGUAACGACUUGCCGCCGCAGUUGCCGCCACAUUUAGUACCGCCAUCAAAGCGUUGACUUAACAUUUAACAUCAGUAUAUAUUUAUUAUCAUUCACAAGUGCUAUUUCCAUUCAUUUUCAUAUUGCGUUUUGUGUCCAAUUCCAAAUAAUAUGUUUAAGGUCAGUAAAAAUCAUAACGAAUUUAACCACGAAUUUUCAUCUUACUAAAUAAAUUUUAAUGAUUUUUUAAUUGAAUUCCCAUAUGUAAACAAUGUGAUAAAAGUGCACUAUGUAUAUUUGUAUUAUAACAUUGUAGAUAAAUAUAUUUACUUGAUUGGCUACCAAAUAGUUUUCCAAUCGAACAAUGCCUUCAUUUAGUUAAAUUGUACUUUUAUUAAAGUAUUUUUGUAUAUUGCGCAGUUUAGAGAAUUGUUAUGACGCACUUGUAGAAAAUGCUAGUAUAAUUCCGCCAAUAUUCUCUGUAUUCCUAUUGUUUCAGUGUAUUGUUAUUACUGUUAAUGGAUUUUUUUAGAGUUUUCUUAUUUAAAUAAAGUUAUUUGUUUU